UCAUCUGGGUACUUCGUCAGGAUAUGGAGAACAGCUUCUUUAUGAAUGUGAACGAUCAAGUGAGGGAGGUUUGCAGCCAGCUCGCAGGGGACCCUCACCUGAAAGGAGGCUACAACGCAAUGGGCUUCUCCCAAGGAGGACAGUUCUUGAGGGCGGUGGCUCAGAGAUGUCCUUCUCCACCCAUGUUCAAUCUGAUCUCCGUUGGCGGGCAGCAUCAAGGAGUCUACGGCUUUCCACGCUGUCCCGGGGAGAGCUCCCAUAUCUGCGACUGGAUCCGGAAGACGCUGGAUCUGGGUGCAUACACACCAGCCGUGCAGGAGCACUUGGUACAAGCAGAGUAUUGGCACAACCCUUUGAAGGAGGAAGACUACAGGAAAAAUAGCAUCUUUUUGGCUGACAUAAAUCAGGAGAGGGGCAUCAAUGAGACGUACAAGAAAAACCUGAUGGCUCUAAAGAAGUUUGUGAUGGUUAAAUUUCUCAACGAUACCAUGGUCGACCCUCCAAUCUCUGAGUGGUUUGGGUUUUACAAAAGUGGCCAAGCCAAGGAGACCGUUCCACUGAAGGAGACAGCACUGUACACAGAGGAUCGCCUGGGGCUGCAGGAAAUGGACAAAGCAGGAAAGCUGGUGUUCCUGGGAGUCAAAGGGGACCACCUGCACUUCACAGAAGAGUGGUUUUACACCACUCUCCUCCCCUUCCUCCACUGA